UUAUUAGUUUAUUCUUCGUAAAACAAUGGUCGAUAAUAGUGCUUUUGAUCGCGACAAUGCUGUAAAGAAGUUUCGAGACUAUUUAAGAAUAAAGUCUGUCCAUCCGAAUCCCGAUUACGCAUCUGCGGUUGACUUUUUGGUUGAAUAUGCGAAAGAAUUACAGUUAGAAUUCAAGCGGGUUGAGGUUGGAAAAAAUCGGAAAAUUAUCGUAAUUAUGACACUGCCAGGAAAUAAUCCGAAUCUGUCUUCGAUUCUUCUGAAUUCCCAUAUGGACGUAGUCCCGGUGUUUUUGGAAAAUUGGAAGUGUGAUCCUUGGGCUGCAAUAAAAGAUGAUAAUGGCGAUAUUUACGGCAGGGGUGCUCAAGAUAUGAAAAGCGUCGGUAUACAGUAUUUAGAGGCAAUUAGAAUUUUGACCAAAAUCAACAAAAUGUCAUUUGAACGAACAAUUCAUCUCACAUUUGUUCCAGACGAAGAAAUUGGUGGCGGACAGGGGAUGAGUAUGUUCUUAGACACUCCUGAAUUUGAAGCGAUGAACGUUGGAUUAGCAUUAGACGAAGGACUCGCAAAUCCUGGCAGCAAUUACUCCGUUUAUUACGGAGAACGAAGCCCGUGGUGGACUCGUGUUAUAUGUAGAGGAAAUCCUGGACACGGAUCCAGAUUUAUACAAAAUACAGCUGCAGAAAAGUUGCAGAAAGUGAUGGAUAGUUUCUUGGAAUUUCGUAAAACCGAGGAGAAACGACUGAAUUGUACCACUUGCAUGUGCCUUGGUGACGUCACAUCAGUAAAUCUAACAAUGCUCCAGGGAGGUGUACAACCUAAUGUCGUUCCAGAAGAAUUCGCUGCUACUUUUGACAUACGUAUUCCGCCGACCGUAGACUUGAAAGAUUUUGAAAAUAAAAUUUCAAAAUGGUGUGAACAAGCUGGGAAAGACGUAACAUUUGAAUUUUUACAGAAAAGUACGAUUCAGUCAACAACAAAAGCCGAUGAUACAAAUCCGUGGUGGAAAGCAUUCACCUCAACUUUAAAAAAGAGAGGAGUUGAGGUUACGAAGGAAAUUUUUUCUGGAGCUACUGAUGGCCGUUAUCUGAGAGAACGUGGAUAUCCAGUAAUUGGAUUUAGUCCGAUGCGGAAUACGCCGGUGUUGCUUCAUGACAACAACGAAUUUCUCAACGAGAAUGUGUUCAUUGAAGGAAUAGAUGUAUAUUGUGACAUCAUUCCAGCGAUUGCGAAUUUGAAAUUCUAAUGUUGGUUAGAAAUAUUUGCUAAUUUUUCGAGACAAUCUAUCUGAAGAUUUGCAAGUGCAUUCCAUCCAUCAUUUCAUAAAAUGUAACGAUUAACAAUCUUGUUUUUUGAAUAUUUCGAUUUAUUGUUAUUACCUUCUCAAUUUUCCUUUACUCCAUCUUUUAUUUAAAAACCGCUCAUGUCCACCGCAUCAAUCAGUGUUUAACAUUUCAGCCAAGGACAAAC